AUGGCCGGGGAGCAGCUGAAGCAGGAAGAUGUUCUCAAGUAUUGGAUGGACCACAAGCCGUCCCUGAAGGCAACCCUCCGGGCAGCGGCGACCAGUGAGUCCAAACGCCCAGGCGCGUGCUGCUCGAAGACCCUGUACGGGCGGGCCGUAAAGCGCCAGUGGGAACUCAUGAACCCCGAGCAGCAGGAGUCCUGGCGAGCCGCGGCGGCCGCUGGGGGCCCUCCCCCGUCGCAGCCCGCCCUCGCGUUCCCGGUCUGCCAGGGCGGCUCGCCCUCGGAAGGCCAGGGGGGUGCGGAGUCCCGGAGCGCCGCUCCAGCGCCGGAGGCCCCGGACCAGGCGGGCGCUUGCCCUGGGGCCGGCCAGAGCCAGGACUCGAGCUCUUUCCCGUCGUGGUGCGCCUGGUGCGGCAGGGCCCCCCUGUCUCCCUUCCAGCUCAAAGAGGGGCAGGGCCCCUUCCAGCACAAGUUCUUCUGCGGCGGGUGUUGGGACGCCUGGGAAGCGGAGCCAGCAACGCCCCCAGGGUGCCCCCCCGACCUGGGCCAGGAACAGGCGCCCCAGCAGCGCGCGGAGGCCCCGGAGUCGGCUGUUCUGCCCGAGGGGGCUGCGGCCCCGGAGCAGGAGGCCAAAGGGCAGGCCACCACCGGCGGCGGAGGGCCUCAGCCCGCGCGCGGCGCCCUAGCGGCACAGACCGGUCCUGGGACGCAGGAGGCCGUGGGGCCCCCAACCUCCGGAGCAGGGUGGGCGCCCGAGCAAGGUCUCCUGCCUGUGCAGUGCGUGGAGUGCGGCGUUGUGGGCGGUCCGGUCAAGGCGGGCUACUGCGAGUACUGCUGGACCACCUGGGAAGCAACGAACACUUCUCUGGCCGCCGGCGCCGCGCAGCAGUUCACGGGAGCAGCAGGGCACUCCGAGCCAG